CGAAGUUGAUGUGUUGACCAUCGAGGUGUUGACCCAUUUGCCCUCGCGGUAUUCAGGUUGUUGCUCACAGAUUCCCUAUUAGACAGUGGUCUGAAGUUGACUUAAUGCAAUAAUAGUUGGGCAACAUUUCAGCUUUGUGAUAUCAUCAACAGAAAAAGAUGAGUAGCAAUUCUCUCCCCGAUGAUUCAAGCUAUCAAAACGGACCUGAUGAAAGUCUUCUGCCUCCUAAAAUGUUCGCAAACCAUUCAUACAGCGAAAAUUCGGAAGUUCGUGUGUACAAGACACGUUGGUACAUAUUAUUUAUUUACUGCAUGAAUGGAAUCAUGCAGAAUGCGAUGUGGAACACUUUUAGUCCAAUCGAGACGACAGCUAGAGCGGUUUAUAAAUGGGAUGGAUGGGUCAUCGAUCUUAUUUCGGCCUGGGGAAGCACGACAUAUUGUAUCUCUAUGUUGCCUUUUGCGUGGAUUAUGGACGUUAAAGGUUUGCGUGUCACUAUGCUGAUAGCUGCUGCCAUGCAACUCGUUGGCGCGGUUUUACGUUUUAUUCCAACUGGCGAUAUGCAAACUUCGACAUUUUUGAUUCAUUGCGGUCAGAUAGUAGUCGGUCUGGCUGGCCCUGUAGGCAUGGCAACAGCUCCUCUCUUGUCAUCGACAUGGUUUCCCCCACACCAACGUACCACUGCUACUGCCAUAUCAACUGUAGCGGGAUACGUUGGUACAUCUCUGUCUUUUAUCAUUGGACCUGCCUUCGUCGGUGAUGUUACAAAGUCGAAUGCUUUAAAAAAGGGUGACAACUACGUACUAAAUAAAACUGAAGAGGAACAAUACCAAGGACAAAUCAAUAUGUUAUUAUACGUUGAAGCCGGAAUACAAGUAAUCUUGCUAAUUAUCAUUCUUGUACAUUAUCCAUCCAAACCUCCAAAUCCUCCCAGUCCUUCAGCGGCCACUGGUCGAGUUGAUUUUAGGGAUGGUGCCAGACGUUUGAGUAAGAACUUUAACUUUCUUCUUCUUGCCACAAUAUACGGAGCUAGUACUGGUGUGUUUGGUGGCUGGUGUGCCGUUCUGUAUCAAAACCUCUCGGACUACGGUAUACGGGUGACUGAACAUUUUGCUGAAUGGCUUGGCUUUGUCGCAGUCACUUGUGGUGCUUUCUCUGGUGUGCUUUUCUUUAGAUUUGCUGAUCAUUUUGCUGGACAUUUAAAAUUAUUCCUUAUUGCUUUCAUUGCGUCUUCGUUUUUUGCUGUUUUGUUAAUUUGUUAUGUUUUCACUGGAGUUAUUGGAUUCGACCAAGGUUUAGUUUACGUUUUGUUUGGCAUCAGUGGAUUCUUUGUCAACGGAACGAUACCAUUCUUCUUUGAACUGGCAGUCGAGAUAACAUACCCGGUUGCUGAGGGUAUUACUUCCGGUGCUAUUACGUUCUUCAACAACUUUCUGCAGUCAGUAUUUCUUCUUCUUCCACUAGCACAUUUAGGUACAAAAUGGAUGCUGUGGGCCACCGUGUGCACUUGUGCUGUAUCGGCGAUGCUUAUGCUUUUUGUGAAAGAAAGUUACAAACGAUCAUCCGUGGACGAGCAUUCAAAGACAGAAAAUAAUUUGAAGUCAACUCCAGUGAACGCGUAAAAAAGAUGUCAUUGAGUGAUGUUAUUGUUCGUGAUUUAAAAGCUCGGGUUUUGAUUUAAAAGAUAUGAUUUACAGAGAAUCGGGUCUGUUUUAAACUUUCAAAAUGCAAUCAUUUUUGAUCAAGGCACGUUGAAUAUGCAUGGGAUGUCUUUUGAUUUCUUUACCUUUAGUGAAGGGCACUUAUUUUACAUUUUGUACUGAUUAUGAUUCUACAGCCUUAGUAUUUUACUUAAGAAAUAAAAAAUGUUUACUGUG